AUGAGCAGAAAGUAAGCGAUGCUCCUCGAUUUUUGUGUAAUUUUCAUUGAUUUUUCAGCAUUCGCACCUUCCGCGACUUGGGCGACGAUGACGGUCCGGAUAGCGACGAUUCGGGCGCCGAUGCGGGACCGCCGCAAGAGUUCUACGCUGGAAGGUACCCGGGAGCGGGCGAAAAACUAGGAAUCUUGUCGAUUUUUCCUGAGAAAAUCGUGUUUCACUGUUUUCCCACUUGUUUUAGAGUUUUAAGCUUUGAAAGCUAUAAAAGCGCUAAAGAUUUGAUCGAAUCCAGGGAGCUUUUACAGUAUUUUAUCGAUUUUCAACAAAUUUCCAUUCUAUAAGCGAAAACUCCACAUUUCGACAGAAAACAAUCAAAAAAGUUCCAGUGGUCAAGCGGUGCAGGGACCACGUGGCGCCCGAAACCCCGAGGACGCCCAACGUGCCGCCCAGGAAAAUCAUAUUCGUCAAAUUCUGCAGGCCGUCCAGGCGAACCCGGUAGAGGCCGCGCAGGGACCGAACGGACCGCGCAACGAUGAGAAUACCCUGGUAAAUAAUUUAGAAAAUUUAGAGGACAAUUUUGAGCGUAUAGGAAUUUAUUCUAAAUUUUUUUGAAUUUUCCAGAAGCUCGUCCUGCACCUGUGGAACGACGGACUGUCCAUCGAAGACGGACCGCUCAUGAGCCGCCAGGACCGCGCCACAAUCGAGUUUUUGGAUCAGGUCGGACGAGGGUAAGCGCACGAUUGAAAAAAAAUAUUUACCACAAUCUUACAGAGAAAUUCCGGCGGAAGUGGCGCGUCAGUACCCGGGAAAAACGAUUGAUUUCCAAAUAAAUCGCCGCCGUGAAGAUUAUGUUGCGCCGAAAAUGAGGCCGUUCGCUGGAAGCGGAGUUCGUCUCGGAGCCGUCGUUCCGAAUAUUGUCGGAGAAUCUUCGGCUUCUGCUCCGGCAGCUUCUUCUUCUUCUGCUGCUCCGACCACCGCCUCUGGCGCGUCGGCCGCCGAGGAAGCCGCCCGUCUUUUGGAGGACGCCAAGAAGGAGCUGAACACGGACACCGCGCAGCCCACCACUAAUGUACGCGGUUUUUGUUAAAAUAGCGACAGAUUUAAAAGAGGCAUACGGGGUGAAAAUUUUAUAGUAAUUUGACACUGCAGAAAUGUACCUUUCGUAUCAACCCCAAAAGCACAUAUUUUCUCGAUUUAUUCGGCAACAAUUUUUUUAUGCCGGGUUUUUCUUGAUUUUUCGAUGCGCCCGGCCUGUUGCAAGUCUGUUUUAAACUAUUUUUUGCAGAUCCAAGUCCGCCUUCCGAACAAUCAGCGUCUCGUCGCCACGUUCAACCAGUCGCACACUCUGGAGGCCGUCCGUCUCUUCAUUUGCACGUACGUUUCCUAAAAAUUGAAUUUUUAUGCAUAGGUGUUUUGAGUUGAGCGCCUGUAGUUCGGGCUUUACCCAGACUGUUAUCCUUUUCCACUUAUGGUUGCCGCUGGUUCGGAAAUUUCAAUCCGAUCGCCAGAUCGGAAAAAUGUUUUGGCGUUUCUCAAACCUAUGGUUUAAUGUGAAUUCCUCUAGUAAAUUGAAUUUUGUAUUUUAGAUUGAGUUUUAAAAGUUUUAGCGACUAAAAAUAAUCUGGAAUUUUGCAGUGCCCGCCCGGAAAUCGCCUACGCGCCGUUCCAACUGAUGAACGCCUAUCCGCCGAAGAUUCUGGAGGACGAGACGGUCUCGCUGAAGGACGCCAACCUGCUCAACUCUGUGAUCGCCGUCAAAUCGACGCCCAACGCAUAA